GUUUUCAUUCAUUUCAUUCGUUCGACCGACAAAUACGAUCUGUCAAAAAAUAAUAGUCCGAAAAGAAUCUAUUGUGAAUUUAUUGAAAUAUUUUAUUUUAUUUCUACAAUAAACAAUGUCUGACAACAAAGAAGUGGCUAAAAAGGAUGUUGAUCCCGAAUUGGAUGACUUAUUAGACAGUGCCCUCCAAGACAUGACGAAAAAGGAGACACCAGAGGAACCGAAGCCCGAGGGCUCUGGCGAGGUGACGCAGAACCUGUGGAGCGAGGAGUUCAUCAAGGAGGCAGCCGCACAAUUUGAGAGCAACAUGGCUGCUAUACUAGGCAGUUUUAAUGGUGUCCCAGAAGACCAAAUAUCGCAAGAGCAGAUAGCUCAGACCUUUUCUAAAAUGGCAGAGGCGGCCGCACAAGUCCUAAAGCCGUCGGGGGCGGAGGCCGACGCGGCCAGCGCCGACCCCAACGCGCAGGAGAAAAUUGACGAGGUAUCAGCGGCCAUAUCCCAAACGCUACAGAACUUGAACACCAACACGGAGUCGCUGCAGACACCGUUCUCGGACCAGGACCUGGCCAACAUGUUUGGCAACUUCAAUCUGUCUGAAGGCGGACAGGACGGCAACAUGUUCGUCCCGUUCAUGCAAGGCAUGAUGCAGUCACUCCUCUCCAAAGAGGUUCUGUACCCCUCGCUGAAGGAGCUAGUGGACAAGUACCCCGCCUGGCUCCGGGACAACAAGGGGAAGAUCGACCAGAGCGAGUAUGACAGAUUCGAACAACAACAAGAGCUGAUGAAGCAGGUGUGCGCCGAGUUGGAGCCGGAACAGGACUCGGACUCGGAGGAAGUCAAGCGGAGUCGCUUCGAGAGAGUUCUCAACAUGAUGCAGAGGAUGCAAGACCUAGGGCAGCCUCCGACAGAAUUAGUGGGCGACAUCGGCGCCCCGCCGCAGGGCUUCGCCCCGCCUGUCGGGCAGGACGCCUCACAGUGUGCCGUCAUGUAGUCCACGCGCGGUACAACGGGAGUGAACAACAUUGUCGGAUAUUGACUUUGAUGGUUUUGUGCGUCGUCAGACAGUUUUUGGAAACAAAUUCGGGUGUUACGAAGCGCUUCGUAUAAACUUCGUAAGACUUCGUGGUACUUCGUAAGGCUUCGUGAUAGGGCUUUUAGUAUUUUGACAUAGUGAGAGCCUUGUUAAACUUGUAAAUUAAACUUCGUAAGACUUCGUAAUGAGGUUGUGAAUGAUUUUAAAGAGUUUGAAAUAUUUUGUACUACGUAUCACUUAAAAAAAAAUUCUAAAAUGUUUCAAUGCAUUUAUUGAAGUUACUCAGUGCUUCGUAAUUCCCUGAAAACUUCGGCGACAAAGGAAACUAACGAAAUUCGCGUCAAAAAUGGUGCUUUGAUGACUGUUAUAGUAUUUAAAAUCGCGCGAACUAUUGACUUAUGAAUAUGAAGCUUAUACCACGAGUGAUAAGUGUCAAAAUUGUUUAUCGACACUAUAUGUUGUUUUCUUUUUAUAGGUUUACGUAUACAUUUAUGUAUUUUGUUUAUAUUUAUUCAUUUUCUUACGUAGUGGCGUGUUCUUGUAACGAGAGAUUUAAAACAAUAAUAAAUACUGAAGUAAAUUUGUCUGUUGACACACUUUUACUAUACAUACAUAUAAUUACUGAACUGUUUAUGUUUAUAAAGAUUUAGUUCGAUCUCAAUCUUAUGUUGAAAUAAUCACAAAAUAUAAUUGUUUUUAUUCGAGUUAGUAGUGCAUUUAUUUCGUGUUCAAUUUGAGGCUCUGUUUGGUCAGUCAUGUGCAAAGACGUAGUGUUGUUUGUAAAGAUAUAAGCGUGACUAAUAAUGAGUAUGAAAUAGGAAGUAAUUUCUUCGAAAAAAAUAAAGGUAAAAAAUAAACUUCGUCGAAACAUAAUAUGUCGUAAAAAAAUUAUACAUUUUUAUUAUUGAACAAUAGAAAUAAACAAAUUAUGUAUAAUGUAAACAAAAUGACAAACAAAUUUCGAGUAUUGAAAAUAAUAAAAUUAAAUUGUAUAAAUUAUUAAUAAAUCAUAGUAUAUUUCGUUACGUAACUAUUUAAAAGUAACUAAACAAAAAUCGAGAAUUUACCUCUCAACAGAAAACAAAUUAUGUGGUUCUGUUUACAUACAUUAUAUUUAAACUUAGUCGGGUGAAAAUUAUAAAAUAAUAAUUGUAUUAAUGGUGAAUGGUUUGGGAAUGGGUUGUUGUGCCAAAGAAUAAGAAAAUAAUGUGAAGCAAAGGUUUUAUUAGACAUACAGCCACAUCACGUGUGAAAAAAACAGCUGUAGAAGCAGGACCUUAGGCUUUAUGGCAGAGGGUGAAACUAUUUAGCGGCAUUGUGCACUUUAUGUAUGUUAUGGAUUUUAAAAAAUGUUCAUCUUCCGUCAGGACACGUGACCUGAUCGAAUUUCUUAAGACUGCGCAGGGCGCUUGUGCGUAACUUAAAAAAUGUUACGCAACCCGUUUUUUUUUUCAAUCUAUUACUAGAAUCACUAAAUUUUAAUGUGCACUCAAGCUUACGAGCCAUUUUCAUGGCAAAAAAAUUCAAGGGUUUCAAAAGAUUCGCUAUGUAAAGUUUUUUUACGAAGGUUCUAUUUUUCUGACAGGCUCUUUAACCAUUUAAUGUCACAAUUUGUAAAUUAAAAAACAGCUUCCUAUUGACAAUGUAAAUUCGAAGGAUAAUAAAUUGAUGUGUAUAGAAAAAAUAAAAGUAUUCAAGAUGGCACAAAUUAAACAAUUUAUUUAUAUUGUCAUUUAAUUUUAUCGUGUUUAAUUUAUUAGUCGUUUAGUUCAGUUGUUUAAUAAAACUUGUAAAGAUUU